CGACUUCCAGGAGCGCGUGAGCCUGCACAUGGAGAAGCACGGCUGCAGCCUGCCCUCCCCGCUCUGCCGUCCGGCCUAUGCCGACAGCGUCCCCACCUGCGUCAUUGCCAAGGUGCUGGAGAAGCCUGACCCCAACAGCCUGUCCUCCCGCCUGUCUGAUGCCUCAGCCCGCGACCUGGCCUUCCGGGAUGGGAUGGAGAAGCAGGGCCCACGGCCCCCCUACAAGGGGGACAUCUACUGCAGCGACACGGCCCUCUACUGCCCCGAGGAGCGGCGGCGCACCCGGCGGCCCAGCGUGGACGCGCCCGUGACCGACGUGGGUUUCCUGCGGGCUCACAACUCCACCGACAGCGCGGCCGAGGAGGAGGAGGAGGCCGAGGCGGCCGCCUUCCCCGCAGGCUUCCAGCAUGAGGCCUUCCCAGGCUAUGCGGGCUCGCUGCCCACGUCCAGCUCUUACUCCAGCUUCAGCGCCACGUCAGAGGAGAAGGAGCACGCCCAGGCCAGCACGCUCACUGCCUCGCAGCAGGCCAUCUACCUGAACAGCCGUGACGAGCUCUUCGACCGCAAGCCACCCGCCGCUGCCUAUGAGGGCAGCCCGCGCUUUGCCAAGGCCACGGCCAGCGUGGCAGCGCCGCUCGAGGCCGAGGUGGCCCCGGGGUUUGCGCGGACCAUGUCUCCGUACCCCGCCGAGCCCUUCCGCUUCCCGGCUUCCCCGGGCCCCCAGCAGGCCCUGAUGCCCCCAAACCUGUGGAGCCUGCGGGCCAAGCCGGGGACGGCCCGGCUCCCUGGGGAGGACGUGCGGGGCCAGUGGCGGCCCCUGAGCGUGGAGGACAUUGGCGCCUACUCCUACCCGGCCACCACCGCCGGCCGCGCCUCACCCUGCAGCUUCUCGGAACGCUACUACGGCAGCGGGGGCAGCCCGGGCAAGAAGGCCGAGGGUCGCGCCAGCCCCCUCUAUGCCACCUACAAGGCCGACAGCUUCUCGGAGGGUGACGACCUCUCCCAGGGCCACCUGGCAGAGCCCCACUUCCUCCGGGCCAGCGGCGACCUGAGUCUGAGCCCCAGCCGCGCGGCUGACCCACUGCCCGGCUACGCGCCCAGCCAGGGGGACGCGGAGAGGCUUGGGGUGCAGCUGUGCGGGGCAGGCGGCAGCCCUGAGCCGGAGCAUAGCCCCCACAGUUCCAGGGACUCCCUGGAGCCCAGCUCCAUGGAGGCCUCCCCGGAGAUGCACCCCACUGCCCGCCUCAGCCCCCAGCCAGCCUUCCCGCGGACUGGUGGCUCGGGGCUCAGCCGCAAGGACAGCCUCACGAAAGCCCAGCUCUACGGAACCUUGCUCAACUAGCGCCUGCCUGCAGGCCGCGGCCACCCACCCCACCUGGGCCCCGAGGGCACAGCGCGCCUCUCCCCGAGACACCCGUCCUCCCCAGCGCCCCCCCACCAACCAGGACCCUCUCUGCCACCCAACCCAGUCGAGCCUGAGAGGAGGUCCCCUCCCUCCCCACAGCAUCUUGUCCAUCCCAGCCCCACCACGGUGGAACGUUUUUCACAUCCCAACAUCCUUCCCCACCUGAGAUGAGCAUUUCCCCCCUUUUAUAAAGUGAAACUAUUUUUAUAGAGAAAAAGGGUCUUUCUUAACGCACUUGGCCUCCAGCUCCCUGGAUGGCAGCCUUGGCGUUUUCAAAACAAAGCUCCUUUAUUUUUCAGGGGAGGACAAGUGGGGCCUGCCCCUGGGAGGGGAAGGACGCUGUCUAUGGAGACACCCCCAGUGGGCCGGUGACCAGGGAACCCGAAACUCUGUCCACGAAGAGGGGAACUGGAAUGGGUGGAGGGAUGUGAAAUGUUUUUAAACUGUUUUCGCCGUGUGACCGAUACACCACCCCAGCUCUCCUGUGGUCCACUGUCCCGAGUGGGGCCGGUGCUCGUCCCCCAGUGUCCCGCUCCCCGGCACCACCUCGCUCUACCUCAGACAUAUUGAGGCCCUCCAACUCCCGGUUUCUGUGGCUUGCUCUCCUGUUGUCUGCGAUGCAUGCCCUGUCUCAGUUAGUACUGUACUUCUGUUCAUUAAUAAAAGACAUCGGUGGAAAGAA